ACAACAAUCAAGAAAAUGUUCUCAAAACUGGUAGCCCUUUGCGCUGUCCUGGCGGUUUCUUCCGCUGGACUUCUCCCCGCUGCUGUGCACUAUUCGCCCGCGUCUGCGGUCUCGUCACAGAACAUCAUACGUCACGACCAGCCCCAGGCCAUCGCCAAGUACGCUGUAGCCCCCGUCGCCUACCACGCCGCUCCUGCUCCCAUCGCCUACCACGCUCCCAUCGCCAAGGUUGUCGCGCAACAUGAAGAAAUUGCCUACCCCAAAUACGAGUACAACUACUCCGUCGCCGACGGGCACACCGGCGACAACAAGCAACAACAGGAGGUCCGCGACGGCGACGUCGUGAAGGGCUCGUACUCGUUCCACGAGGCCGACGGCUCCAUCAGGACCGUGCAAUACACCGCCGAUGACCACAACGGAUUCAACGCCGUCGUACACAACACCGCCCCAGCUCACGCUGUCGUCAAGGCCGCGCCCGUGCUCGUCAAGGCUGCCUACGCCGCCCCCGCCUACUACCACUAAGCGUUACCAUAGACCCUCUACCAAAUGACUGUUAACUAUUUAUUUUAGCAAUAUUUAUAGUAAUAUACA